GCGUCACUUCACAAAUCCGCAAUCUUUCAUUCACUCAUAGUUCGUGUCGAGGACAACAACUCACUACCUCUGUUUCUAUCUGACCGGGAUUCUGAAUCACUUAACUACAUAAAAUCAUUUCAGCACCAUGACCAGAUAUCAUGUCAUCCUAUGUAUACUUUUCCCUGCUAUACUUGAGGCGAAACUGUAGGCAGCUACAACAGCUCUAUUUGCAUUGACUCCACUAAGCCAAAAUGACUUCAUCGUCUAACAAUGAGACCGGGAGUGAUAUGUCAGAAUCUCUGGAAGUCUGUGAAUUCCAGGGACAAUAUGGAGAUCCGGGUGGUUACUACAAAUCCAAAAGCCUGCCCGUUCUUAACGGAGACUGUCCUAACGUUAAUGAGUCGUUGGAACCAAGGAUGCUCAAUACUAUGCAGACUUUAGUAAAUACCAACCAGUGCUUGGCGUUCACUGAGCCGCGACAGAAAGGAGACUUGUGUGAACUGGAAUCACCCACCAGGACAGAUUUCUCCCCUUCCAUGUCCAGUAUGGUGGGUUUAAGUAGCUCCAUGAGAACUGAAGCCAACCGAGCAGGUGGCAAAAAAAUAGGCUUUCCACUGGCAAGAUUCAUCCGCUUUCCUGCAAGAAAGUACAUGAGGGUGAUUCUGUCAGACUCCAUGUGUUUUCUGUUCUGUAUGUGUUACCUGACGUUCAUCCAGUCGUUGAUGGUCUCGGGCUAUCUUAGUAGUGUCAUCACCACUAUUGAGAAGAGAUACAGUCUUAGAAGUUCAGAAUCGGGACUGUUGGUUAGCUGCUUUGACAUUGGAAGUCUUUUGGUGGUGGUCUUCAUCAGUUAUUUCGGCGGUCGAGGCCAGAGGCCACGCUGGCUGGCAGUAGGAGGGGUGUUCAUCGCCGUGGGAGCAGCUCUGUUCUCCCUUCCGCAUUUCAUCUCUCCAUCUUAUCAAAUCCAAGAGGUCAAUUCGUCCACGGGGAACGGGGGCCUGUGCUCAAAUGGGAUUGGGAGCAGAAAGGAUGCUCUGGAUGUGUCGUCCUGUCCAAGGGACCAAGAGGGCAACGAUCACUCUAUAUAUGUUGCCCUGUUCAUCUGCGCCCAGGUCCUGGUGGGCAUGGGAUCCACUCCUAUCUACACGCUUGGACCAACGUACCUGGAUGAUAAUGUGAAGAAGGAGAAUGCUUCCCUCUACCUUGCUAUUAUGUAUGUGAUGGGGGCUCUGGGGCCAGCUGCGGGGUACCUGCUUGGAGGCGUUCUGAUCGGCUUUUACGUGGAUCCAAAAACAGUCAUCAACAUUGAGCAAAAUGAUCCACGCUUUGUUGGCAACUGGUGGAGUGGUUUCCUACUUUGUGCUUUCGCCAUGCUGUUGGUCAUCUUCCCCAUGUUCACUUUCCCCAAAAAACUUCCCCCUCGACACAAGAAAAAGAAUGGGGCAGACAGCACCUCCAAUGAUGAUGAUGUCCUGAAAGAAAAAUCCAACAACAAAGACCAAACUGUGGCAUCCUCCAUGGGCUUUGGGAAGGACAUCAAAGACCUCCCCAAGGCUGCCAUAAGGAUCCUCAGCAACAUGACGUUCCUUUUCGUGAGUCUGUCCUACACAGCUGAGAGCGCCAUCGUCACUGCCUUUAUCACCUUCAUUCCCAAGUUCAUCGAGUCUCAGUUCGGAAUCCCAGCCUCCAACGCCAGCAUAUACACAGGGGUCAUUAUAGUGCCCAGUGCAGGGGUUGGCAUUGUACUGGGUGGCUACAUCAUAAAGAAACUCAAGCUUGGAGCUCGUGAGUCCGCCAAGCUGGCCAUGAUCUGCAGUGGGGUGUCUCUUCUGUGCUUCUCCACGCUCUUCAUUGUGGGCUGUGAGAGCAUAAACCUGGGUGGGAUCAAUAUCCCUUAUACCACAGGGCCGACACUCACUCUGACCCACAGAAACCUGACGGGAGGCUGUAAUGUGAAUUGUGGCUGCCGGAUCAACGAGUACGCUCCUGUUUGUGGCUCAGAUGGCAUCACAUAUUUCAACCCCUGCCUGGCGGGAUGCAGCACUGUUGGCAAUGACAGCACCGGGAUCAGAAACUACACAGACUGUGCAUGCGUGCAGAGCAGGCAGGUCAUCACACCACCCACCAGCGGCCAAGGCAACCAGCUGCAGCUGGUCAUCGUGAAGACCUACCUGAACGAGAAUGGAUUUGCUGUGCCAGGGAAGUGUGAUCGCACUUGCAACACACUCAUCCCCUUCCUCAUCUUCCUCUUCAUCGUUACACUCAUCACAGCUUGUGCACAGCCCUCCGCCAUUAUUGUCACUCUCAGGUCAGUAGAAGAGCAAGAACGACCGUUUGCUUUAGGAAUGCAGUUUGUGUUGCUAAGAACUCUGGCCUACAUUCCCACACCAAUCUACUUUGGUGCGGUGAUUGACACCACCUGCAUGCUCUGGCAGCAGGACUGCGGUGUUCACGGCUCUUGCUGGGAGUAUGAUGUCACUUCCUUCCGCUUCGUGUACUUUGGCCUGGCCGCCAGCCUCAAGUUUGUGGGCUUUGUGUUCAUAUUCCUCACCUGGUACUCGAUUAAAUACAAAGAGGACCGCCUCGAGCGCUGGCAGCGGCAUCUGCCUCCUCUGGGCACCGUCAGCGAUCUCAUCUGUCACGUGGGAGGCCACAAGAGCCACGCUCGUACCCGCUCCUGCCCCGUUUUCACACCCCGCCCCGAGCCCCCUGACCAGCCCCCGCUCAACCGCGGACUCUGCAGCCAGAGCUGCCCCGGAAAUGCCCUCAAAGCAAUAACCCCACCUGCCCACUCGCUAAAGGAGAUGCACAUCUAAGGAACGUGCGCCCUGGCAUCUGCCUCCACGUGCCUUCCUGUCGGGUGCCUCCGUGUGGUUUUCAGGGGCUUGCUGCGCUCCCUGAUCUCAGUGUCACCAGUACAAACUCACAGCAAAUACAGGUUGUGGAAAAUCAUGGAUUAUUUGCUGUCGAAGUGUAUGGAAGACAUCUCAUGGUGCUAAAUGAGGAACGGAGAGGACAUUUCUCUGUUUUCAAACUUGGAUUCCUAUUAUAUCAAAGACAAAGGUCCACAAGCACAAAAGGAUAUCAGUACUAUGCAACACCGUACCGCAUUACAGCCUCAAGGCAGAUGCUUUAUACUCUAUUACAGGGGUUCUCAAAGUCUACAUUCAAAGGUCCAAAUCAGAAUUUUCAACAAUGAGAAAGGUCCGGAACUAUUGGUCAUUACAAAACUUGUUUUUAAUCAACAUGUAUUACAAAUUAACAUUCAUUUUAUGAAAAAAUAAGGUGGCUGCAUUCAAAAUAGCUACAUGAAUAACGUGCAAAAGUGGCAAAACAAUUAAUUUAAGGGUCUGAAUUUUUCUUAACAAAACACCACAAAAGUAACAUGGUGCAAAAUACAGAGCAGUUUAAUGUGAGAAAUGGCACUGUCUGUCUCCCAUCAACUGCCGAAACCGUGGCACAAAAGGUGUGGUUGCUAGACGGAGACACUGGCCUAAAUGUUCAUUAGUCAAGCUGCUGCGGUGUGAGUUCUUUAUAGCAUUCAUUGCUGAGAAUGCAGACUCACACCGAUAGGUUGACCCAAACAUGGUAAGAACACAGAUGGCUACUUUCUGUAGAUUGGGGAAAUUUUCAGCUGUGACCAUUUUAGUCCAAAAGGUAACAGUGUCACAGUCCACUUCCUGCAAAACCACGUUUUCCUGCAAGUCAAUUAGUUCAGUCUGCAGAGAUGCCAUGCUUGCCCACGGGAAGAUGCUCUUGAUUUCUUUUGAAAACUCCUCAACAUUCUUGACUAGGAAUGGAGAUGUAAUGCAAAGCAGCACUUGUCUGCCUACAUUGAAGCCCUCAAAGCGCAUCCUGAAAUUUUCAGCUAGCUUCUCCAAAAAGGAAAGAUGGUGAUGAUGGUGAUUUCCAUUAGUCUGCUGGAGAAGAGUUGGAAAGUGGAUAUGUGGCCCUGUGAUGUCACUUUUAAAGAUCUCCAGCCGCCUUUCAAAGGAGCGCACUGCUGCCAUCAGAUCACACACUGUAUUGCCUUGGCCCUGGAGCUUCAGAUUUAGUUCAUUUAGAUGAGAUGUUAUGUCCACUAAAAAGGCCACAACCUCCAUGGUGUCAUUAUCCCUCAGAAAAUCCAAGUAAUGUCUGGCUUUGACAUUCUUCUGCUGGGACAAAAACAUCUCCAAAUCUGUCCUGAUGGCCCAAAACCUUUCCAAGACUUUUCCCUUACUCAGCCACCUAACAUUGUUAUGGAGGAGUAAGUCGUCAUAAGCAGCAUUUACCUGAUAAGAGAAAGAAAAAAUAUAUAUACAAAUAAAUAAAUACAUUACUUUUCUGUGUUGCAUAAAUAUUCAUAAAGUGAACACAAACACCUUUGUAAGUGCUGUAAAUGGUUAAAGUCUGUUGUAAGUAGAGUUUGAUUUACAUUUUAUUCACAAUUGAUGAUUAACAUAACACAAUGAUUAAAUAAAUAAAAAACAUUUGUGAAAUAAGG